CGCGCGGCGCGGGCAGCAGCAGCAGCAGGUCAUGGCGCAGCAGUGUGAGCCGCGGCGGAGCCGGGCGCUCCUGGCCCUGCUGGUUUCUCUCCUCCUCUCCGGGGCCGAGGCGGCCGGCAGAGACCUGGACAUCCACGAGAGCACCAUUGACAGUGUGGCCAGGAACAGGAAUGGAGCCGACUCUUCUGUCCUGAGCGGUCCCAGACAGCAGGAUUCUGAGGACCUCUCUGGCGAGAUCUUGAGCUAUGAAGAAUACUGUGUCCCGAAGGCGGUCACGGGGCCCUGCCGGGCAGCCUUCCCUCGCUGGUACUACGACCAGGAGAAGAGCUCCUGCGACAGGUUCAUCUUUGGCGGGUGCCACGGCAACAAGAACAACCACCUCUCCCAGGAGGAGUGCAUGCAGCGCUGCUCGGGCAAGCAGAUGCAUCCUGUUCUGACGCCUGGGACAAAAGCUGUGGUCCUGGUGGGGCUGUUCCUGAUGGUGCUGAUCCUUCUCCUGGGAGCCUCUGUGGUUUGCCUGGUGCGUGUGGCGCGCAGGAGGCAGGAGCGCGCGCUCCGGACCGUUUGGAGCACUGGAGAUGACAAGGAGCAGCUGGUGAAGAACACUUACGUCAUGUGAAAU